CGGGCUGGGCGGGGCGGCCACUGACCGCGUCUCCGUGCGUCCCGCAGGCGGGGAGCCCGCGCCGCCGCGCCCGGGCCGCCCGCGAUGAUCACCUAGGAGGCUGGCGCGGGCGGGCGCAAGCGGCGGAGGAGGCGGGCGCGGCGACACGCGGCCAUGGAGCAGGAGCCGGCGGCAGCCGAGGAGCCCGGGUCCCCGGAGGCGCGGCGGCGGCGGCGGCGGCGCCGGGAGGGCAGGACGCGCACCGUGCGCUCCAACCUGCUGCCGCCCCCGGGCGCCGAGGACCCCGGGACCAGCGUGGCCAAGGGCGCGCGGCGGCGGUGCGCGGGCACCCAGCACCUGGCCGACAACCGGCUCAAGACCACCAAGUACACUCUGCUGUCCUUCUUGCCCAAAAACCUGUUCGAGCAGUUCCACCGCCUGGCCAACGUGUACUUCGUCUUCAUCGCGCUGCUCAACUUCGUGCCGGCGGUGAACGCCUUCCAGCCCGGCCUGGCGCUGGCGCCCGUGCUCUUCAUCCUGGCCGUCACGGCCUUCAAGGACCUAUGGGAGGACUACAGCCGCCACCGCUCCGACCACGAGAUCAACCACCUGGGGUGCCUCGUCUUCAGCAGGGAGGAAAAGCAGUACGUGCACCGACACUGGAAGGAGGUCCGCGUGGGAGACUUCGUGCGUCUUCGCUGCAAUGAGAUCAUCCCCGCGGACAUUCUGCUGCUCUCCUCCAGUGACCCCGACGGGCUGUGCCACAUCGAGACUGCCAACCUGGAUGGAGAGACCAACCUGAAACGGCGCCAGGUGGUCCGAGGCUUCUCUGAGCUCGUCUCCGAGUUCAACCCUCUGACGUUCACCAGCGUGAUCGAGUGUGAGAAGCCGAACAACGACCUGACGAGGUUCCGUGGCUGCAUCGUGCACGACAGCGGGAAGAAGGCUGGGCUCUACAAGGAGAACCUGCUGCUCCGCGGCUGCACCGUCCGCAACACCGAAGCCGUCGUGGGCAUCGUCAUCUACGCAGGGCACGAAACCAAGGCUCUGCUGAACAACAGCGGGCCCCGCUACAAGCGCAGCCAGCUCGAGAGGCAGAUGAACUGCGACGUGCUCUGGUGUGUCCUCCUCCUCGUUUGUAUGUCUCUGUUUUCGGCGGUCGGACAUGGACUGUGGGUGCAGCGCUAUCAGGAGAAGAAGUCAUUAUUUGAUGUCCCCGAGUCUGACGGCACCUCUUUAUCCCCAGUCACAGCGGCGGUGUACUCGUUUUUGACAAUGAUAAUAGUUCUGCAGGUUUUGAUCCCAAUUUCCUUAUAUGUUUCCAUUGAAAUUGUCAAAGUGUGCCAAGUGCACUUCAUCAACCAGGACAUCGAGCUGUACGAUGAGGAGACGGACUCGCAGCUGCAGUGUCGGGCUCUGAACAUCACGGAGGACCUAGGGCAGAUACAGUACAUCUUCUCCGACAAAACUGGCACUUUAACCGAGAAUAAGAUGGUUUUCAGAAGAUGCACUGUGUCCGGUGUAGAGUAUUCCCAUGAUGCAAAUGCCCGGCGUCUGGCCAGGUACCAGGAGGCAGACUCAGAAGAGGAGGAGGUGGUGCCCAGAGGGGGCUCGUUGCCCCAGCGCGGCAGCUCCGGGAGCCACCAGAGCGUCCGCAUCGUGCACAGGAGCCAGAGCACCAGGUCGCACCGGCGCACAGGCAGCCGCGCUGAGGCCAAGCUGGCCAGCAUGCUGUCCAAGCACACGGCCUUCAGCAGCCCCAUGGAGAAAGACAUCACGCCCGACCCAAAGCUGCUGGAGAAGGUGAGUGAGUGCGGCAGGUGCCUGGCCUUCGCGAGACACCAGGAACACCCGCUGGCCCACCUCUCGCCGGAGCUGUCUGACAUCUUCGACUUCUUCAUCGCCCUCACCAUCUGCAACACAGUGGUGGUCACGUCCCCCGAUCAGCCACGACAAAAGCAGGUGAGGGUGCGGUUUGAGCUGAAGUCCCCGGUGAAGACGAUAGAGGACUUCCUGCGGCGGUUCACGCCCAGCCGCCUGACCUCGAGCUGCAGCAGCAUCGGGAGCGUGGCCGCCACCAAGCCCGCCCACAAGGCGGGGUCCAGCUUCCUGUCCACCCUGCCCAACGACAGCGCGCUGCUCGGGCUGGAGGAGCGGCUGGGCCCGCCGGCCCCGGCCCUCGCCAGCAACGGCUACAGCAGCGGAGCGCGCGGCUGGGCGGCCCAGUGCGCGGCGGCGCGGGAGCCGCAGCCGGAGCCGGAGCCCGAGCCCCAUUCCGAGCCCCAGCCCCAGCCCGGGCCCGAGGGCGAGCUGCGCUACGAGGCUGAGAGCCCCGACGAGGCGGCGCUUGUCUACGCCGCCCGCGCCUACAACUGCAAGCUCGUGGACCGGCUGCACGACCAGGUGUCAGUGGAGCUGCCCCACCUGGGCCGCCUCACCUUCGAGCUCCUGCACACGCUGGGCUUCGACUCCAUCCGCAAGAGGAUGUCGGUGGUGAUCAGGCACCCGCUCACCGAUGAGAUUAACGUCUAUACCAAGGGGGCCGACUCGGUGGUCAUGGACCUCCUGCUGCCCUGCUCCGCAGAUGACGCCAGGGGAAGGCAUCAAAAGAAAAUCCGAAGCAAGACUCAGAAUUACCUCAACCUGUACGCGGUGGAGGGCCUGCGCACCUUGUGCAUCGCCAAGAGGGUUCUGAGCAAAGAGGAGUAUGCCUGUUGGCUGCAAAGCCACUUGGAAGCGGAAUCUGCCCUGGACAACCGCGAGGAGCUCCUCUUUCAGUCUGCCCUGCGCCUGGAGACGAAUCUGCAUCUGUUGGGUGCCACUGGGAUUGAAGACCGCCUGCAGGACGGAGUCCCGGAAACCAUUGCUAAGUUGCGUCAGGCGGGUCUGCAGAUUUGGGUUCUCACCGGUGACAAACAGGAAACAGCCAUCAACAUCGCGUAUGCCUGCAAGCUGCUGGACCACAACGAGGAAGUCAUCACCCUGAACGCGGAAUCCCAGGAGGUGUGCGCGGCCCUGCUGGACCAGUGCCUCCACUACGUGCAGUCCAGGAGCCCCCACAGUGCCCCUGAGAAGACUGCUGGCAGCCUGAGUGUGGGCUUCUCCCCUGUCUACCCGCCCUCCACGGUCACCACCGCCGGCCCCAGCCUGAGCCUCGUGAUCGACGGCAGAAGUCUGGCCUACGCCUUGGAGAAAAACCUGGAGGACAAAUUCCUCUUCCUCGCUAAGCAGUGCCGGUCUGUCCUCUGCUGCCGCUCGACCCCCCUGCAGAAGAGCAUGGUGGUCAAGCUGGUCAGAAGCAAGCUCAAGGCCAUGACUCUGGCCAUAGGAGACGGAGCCAAUGACGUCAGCAUGAUCCAGGUGGCGGACGUGGGUGUGGGAAUCUCGGGCCAGGAGGGCAUGCAGGCAGUGAUGGCCAGCGACUUUGCAGUGCCCAGAUUCCGGUACCUGGAGAGACUCCUGAUCGUUCACGGACACUGGUGCUAUUCCCGACUUGCCAACAUGGUGCUGUAUUUCUUCUACAAAAACACAAUGUUCGUGGGCCUCCUGUUCUGGUUCCAGUUUUACUGUGGCUUCUCCGCGUCCGCCAUGAUCGACCAGUGGUACCUGAUCUUCUUUAACCUGCUCUUCUCCUCGCUCCCCCAGCUCGUGACUGGGGUGCUGGACAAGGACGUGCCGGCCGACGUGCUGCUGACCAAGCCGCAGCUCUACACGAGUGGCCAGAACAGGGAGGAAUACCGGCCUCGUACGUUCUGGUUGAACAUGGCCGACGCCGCCUUCCAGAGCUUGGUGUGCUUCUUCAUCCCCUACCUGGCCUACUACGACUCCGACACGGAUGUGUUUACCUGGGGGACCCCCAUCACUGCCAUCGCACUGUUCACCUUCCUCCUGCACCUGGGCAUCGAAACCAAGACCUGGACCUGGCUCAACUGGACCGCCUGUGGCUUCAGCAUCCUUUUAUUUUUCACCGUGGCUUUGAUUUACAAUGCUUCCUGUGCGACCUGUUACCCUCCAUCCAAUCCCUACUGGACCAUGCAGACGCUGAUGGGCGACCCCGUGUUUUACUUGACUUGUCUCAUCGCACCUGUCGCCGCGCUGCUGCCCAGGUUAUUCUGCAAAGCCCUGCAGGGGAGUCUGUUCCCCACCCAACUUCAGCUGGCACGCCAGUUAGCCAAGAGGUCCCCUGAGAAACUCAGUGCUCCCAAAGGGACCUUUGCUCAGGGACAUGUUCCAGGAGAACCGAGGACUGAACCAUCAGAACAGAGGAGCCUCAGAGCCUCGGGGUCCUUCUCUCAGGACUGCGGCUCGCAGGCAUCCUGGCAUGCGCAGCAGCCGGCCUGCUCCCCGGAGGCCAGCGGGGAGCCCAGUGUGGUGGACAUGGGCAUGCCUCUGCGGGAGGACGCCCUGCUGGAAGGGCUGAGCGGCCAGACCCCGGGGGCCUCCUCGCCGGGGCAGGUGGUCCUGGAAGGCUGUCCCAGGUACUCCAGGAGGAAGCCCACCAGCACCAGCAGGGCAGCCCCGCUCUCAUCCAUCUUCAGCCUCCCCAGCUUCAGCUCCCUCAGCUGGAUUUCCUCCCUCUCGCUGGUCAGCGGGCUGGGAAGUGUCCUCCAGUUCUCCCGAAGUGGUUUACAGAUGGACAAGCGGGACGGUGAGUUCCUGGCCAGCCGCCCGCAGCCAGACCAGGACCUGCGGGGCUUGAGUGGACAGACCACAGACUGCUUCUAGAAGCACCUUCCAGGGACUGUAGCUGACGGUGGCAGCGGUGGAAACCUCGAAAUGCUCUUUUUUUAUAACAGAAAUGUUAAUAUUAUUUAUGUUUUAUUAUUUGCACAAAAAGAGUUCUAGCAAGAUGUAUUUUAUAUAUUUCCAAGGCGAACACAGGAAAUGAAAGGUACCCAGAAAGAAAGUUUAUUUUUUAAAAUUUCUAAGUAGAGUAUAUUGAAAAGAAAAAGAAGAGCUUUAACAUAUAUAAAAAUUUAUAGAAGAGUGACACUUGAAAAGAUGUGUUGAAGUUUAUUUUUUCAUCUCAUUUUAUAAGAAAAUGCAGCAGAUUGGUUUUCUUCAACGUGUGUAAAUGUGUGUGAGCGCAGUGAACCCCGGACGGGUGUGGACGGGAGUGAGGGGAGGUGACACGCGAGCACAGGGCCCCAGCAGAGAUCCACCACCCUCUCUCUCUCCAUCCCACCACCGGGAGGGUGGGGGCUCUGCUUCUCCAGGAAGGAAAAACUGAGAACUCCGGGAAAACACGCACACACACACACACAUGCGUGCCAUGUUCAUUCCAACAUCCAUUUCUACGCAGGCAUUUGGUAAAGAUCGCCUGGAGGUAUGAUGGUCCCUGUCUCGGGUCUUGCCUGUCAAACUCAUAACGAGCAAUAAACAACCUUCACUUUGCAAA